AAAGGAAAAGCUCCGCAUUCCCACCCAGUGCAGAGGUUGAAAUAGUAUCAGAAGGCCAGAGUCUUUCUCUCCAGCCACAGGCUCCACCUUUCAGGAGCAAGGGGGAACUCUGAGAGAGAGAGUGGGGCAGCAGAGCCCGCGGCCUGCCAGCGCCCUGGAGGAGGGCUUCCCUCUCCUGCCCUCGAUCCCGCUGGAUUGACCCGGCUGAGUUCCAGCCCAGAGCGCAGGAGCGCAGAGCCGGGGCGCCUCCUGCGCUACCCAGGCGCUGGUGACAGCCACAUGAAGCCUGCUGGGGAGGCGGGGCCAGGGUGCAGCAAGCCGGCGGGGACCGAGGCUGUGGCCGUCUUAGGGAGGCACUGACUGCCGAGGGGACCCCCUCCCCUCUAUCGUGCCUGGGCGAACAGUCUUCUCCAGGGGUCCCCUGUCAUCCUGCCUAUCCAGGAUGGUGCUGCUGAAGUUCCUCUGGAUGGGUUUCUUCUGCCACCUGUGUCAGGGCUACUUCGAUGGCCCUCUGUAUCCGGAGAUGUCCAAUGGGACCCUGCAUCACUAUUUCGUGCCCGACGGGGACUAUGAAGAAAAUGAUGACCCCGAGAAGUGCCAGCUGCUCUUCAGGGUGAGUGACCACCGGCGCUGCUCCCAGGGGGAGGGGAGCCAGGCCAGCAGUCUGCUGAGCCUCAGCCUUCGGGAGGAGUUCACCGUGCUGGGCCGCCAGGUGGAGGAUGCUGGGCGUGUCCUAGAGGGCAUCAGCAAGAGCAUCUCCUACGACCUGGACGGGGAAGAGAGCUAUGGCAAGUACCUGCGGCGGGAGUCCCACCAGAUCGGGGACGCCUACUCCAACUCGGACAAGUCCCUCACUGAGCUGGAAAGCAAGUUUAAGCAGGGCCAGGAACAGGACAGCCGGCAAGAGAGCAGGCUCAACGAGGACUUCUUGGGGAUGCUGGUCCACACCAGGUCCCUGCUAAAGGAAACACUCGACAUCUCUGUGGGGCUCAGGGACAAAUACGAGCUGCUGGCCCUCACCAUCCGGAGCCAUGGGACCCGGCUGGGUCGGCUGAAAAAUGAUUAUCUUAAAGUGUAGGUGUGAGGGCGCGCUGCCUGGGAGAGGGCAUCAAAUCAGCCCCGUUGUGGAGGGUGGGGACAGAAGCCGGGGCUAACGUCUCCCUUAUACUUAUUAUUUUUUAUAUCUGGAUUUGCACUUGGAGAAUCAUCUGAAGUGAUCUUUAAAAAGAAAUAAGCGAGGGCCGAGCUGUUUUGUUUUUGUACAUUAUUUAUGGGAUUGCUAUUGACUCGUUACUUGGAAAGACCGAUUUAAAGCCAUGCCUCCCGCCUUUCUUAGAGGACUUUCUAACUCUGCACAGACACCUGUUUCUGCCACGUCUAGAAGGACACGAUUUAUGCAGGAGGGAGUGAUUAACCUUCCCCAUCCUGGAGAAAAUACCCAGAGAGCAGAGCACAUGGUUCCUUUUCACCUUCAGCCUUCCCUCUUGGGCUUUGAAAGCUGUCAGUUGUCUGAGGUGCUGUGCGGCCUGCCUGCCAGCAGACGCCUGUUUCUCCUCUUUUUCUCUCUUAAUUUAUUAACCAUGGUCUUCAAGGUCUUGUUUUUAGUUUUUUGGGUUUUUGUGGGGGGUUUUGUAAGAGUAUUGGCUGGAAGCUAUAUGCAAAUAGUCCUUUGCAGGGAGACGUUUGAGGUGCCUCUGUGAGUGUGUGUAAGCUGAAGUGGCCACAUUGAGGAAGUGCGAGCUUUGUGGGGGGUACACACUCACGUCGCUAAGCUGACUUGCUGUGUCUCUCACUGUAUGCCUGUGUCCUCAGAGCUACAGUCCAUUAAAAAAAAAAGUCGAUUGUUUGAACACACCCCCAAAUGCCUAUGUUGUAGCUUACCAAUGUAUUCGUUCUGGUUUGGGGGUUUUCUUCUGUUUGCUUACUGGAAACUGUACUUCAAGUAGGGGGGGGAUUCUAAUUCUAAUAACUCCUGAACUAAGUUUUAUUAUUCAGCCAAUAAAUAUGUUCUCGUAUAA